UUGCUCUCUUGUUCAUUGUUUUCAUCUUUUCUUACUCUCUUCUUUAUUGGCAUUUUACCGCCAUGAGUACUAGUAGUUCAAGGUGUGGUAAUAGACCAGAAUCUAUUCAGUUUAUGGUACAUCUAAUAAAGGGACGAUGGUUCAUGAUUUUUGCAUCGUUUCUUAUUAUGACGGGUGCUGGUGCGACAUAUCUCUUUGGCACAUACUCAAAACAGAUAAAAUCUUCACUUGGAUACGAUCAAGAAACGCUUAAUUUAAUUGGGUUUUUCAAAGAUUUAGGUGCAAACAUUGGAGUGCCGUCAGGUUUGAUUGCUGAAAUAGCACCUUCCUGGGUAGUCCUUCUCGUUGGAGCCGGAAUGAACUCUUUUGGGUAUUUGAUGAUCUGGCUUGCUGUUACCGGCAAAAUUGCUAAACCUAAAGUUUGGCAUAUGUGUUUAUAUAUAUGCAUUGGUGCAAAUUCUCAAAACUUCGCGAACACUGGCUCGUUAGUUCCUUGUGUUAAGAAUUUCCCUGAGAGUCGAGGCAUCAUGUUGGGUCUUUUAAAAGGAUUUGUCGGCCUCAGCGGAGCAGUGCUGACACAAGUUUACUUUGCACUUUAUGGUAAUGACUCUAAAUCCCUUAUCCUGCUUAUUGGUUGGCUACCUGCUGCAGUAUCUGUACUUUUCGUUUACACGAUUCGGGAGAUGCCCGUUGUUCGACAACCAAAUGAGAAAAAAGUAUUUUAUCAGUUUCUUUAUAUCUCGAUAGCGCUAGCUUUGUUUCUCAUGUGCAUAAUCAUAACACAGAAGAAGAUCAAAUUUCCUCAUGGCGGCUACGUUGUGACCGCUACCAUAGUGUGUCUCAUUUUGUUCCUUCCUCUUCUUGUUGCAAUUAAGGAGGAAAUUGGGAUAUGGAAUUCCAAAAAACAACCCCUGACAGACGUAGUCAUACAAAAACCACCUGUUACGGAUUCAACAGCACCACCACCAAAGUCUGCGCAAUUGGCAGAAAAACCAGUAGAUUCUUGGUAUUCCAACGUGUUCAACCCCCCUAACAGAGGUGAGGAUUAUACAAUUUUACAAGCUCUGCUAAGUGUAGACAUGUUAAUCAUCUUCCUAGCAACAUUUUGUGGUCUUGGUUCGAGCUUAGCCGCAAUUGAUAACUUGGGUCAGAUUGGUGAGGCAUUAGGCUAUCCUGCUCUUACAGUAAGUACAUUUGCUUCUCUUGUAAGUAUAUGGAAUUAUUCAGGGCGGGUAUUUUCUGGUUUUAUAACGGAAGCUCUUCUUGCAAAAUAUGGUUUUCCCCGUCCUCUGAUGAUGACGAUCGUUCUUCUAUUGUCAUGUGUUGGUCAUCUCUUAAUUGCAUUUCCAUUUGACGGGUCUAUAUACAUUGCGUCCAUUCUCAUUGGCUUCUCAUUUGGUGCUCAAUUGACUUUGUUAUUUACCAUCAUAUCUGAACUGUUCGGGCUUAAAUUCUACUCCACCUUGUUCAAUUGCGGCCAGUUGGCAAGCCCUAUCGGCUCCUAUGUAUUGAAUGUCAAAACUGCAGGAGUGCUAUACGACAGAGAAGCUCAUAAGCAAUUUCCAAACCUGGGACAUGUAUCGGUGAAGGAGCUAACUUGUAUCGGAGUACAUUGCUAUCGGCUUUCUUUUAUCAUAAUGGCUGCAGUAACAGGGUUUGGAGCUCUUGCUUCGUUUAUUUUGGUUAUUAGAACGCGGAAAUUUUAUAGAGGAGACAUAUAUAAGAAGUUCAGAGACGAUACAACUGCUAGUGGAGGGGAUGUGACUAUGACAUCUUCCGGUGUAAGCCAACGGCAAAACAGAUAA